AAAAAUAUUACAAGCGACUGCUUUGCAGCUCAGGAAGUGUACCUGAUCUGUAGUCUUGGAAUUUGUUGCCUUGUUGUACCCAGGGGCUAGUGAAUUUUGAGCUAGGCCUAUGUCUCUUUUGGACAGAUAUAAAGAUGCUGUGUCAUGGCUAAAAGCUGCUGCUGAUGAAUCUGAAAAGCCCAACAAUGUGAACUUGGAUCAGUUGCUUUACAAUUGUGACAAAUGCUCAGAGGAAGUUAGAGCUAUUAGACAACAUGAAACACAUCCAAUUCGAAAGGCUGCUCUGGAGCAACUUAGUCGAUGUCUAGCUCAAAACCUCAACAAAUUGAAGAUGAAGCAGCACCAAUUGAGAGAUGAACAGAGUCCCUAUAAGAAACGCCAUGCAGCUACCAAUUCUUGUUCAGAGGAAGAUUCAAGUUCCCAGAGUAGACGUCUUGCUAUCCAAGAUACCAUUGUGCAGAAGGGUAACGUCAAACUUCAGGAUGUGGCUGGGCUUAAGGAGGCUAAGCAGGUGUUGAUGGAGGCAAUCGUCAUGCCGUUACUGUACCCACACCUUUUUACAGGUGCCCGUCAGCCAUGGAGACGUAUCCUGUUAUUUGGACCACCAGGGACCGGUAAAUCCAGACUGGCGCAUGCCAUAUCGUCUGAGAUUAACUCAACCUUCUACUCGGUAUCAAGUGCAGACCUUGUCUCAAGCUUUGUUGGAGAGAGUGAGAGAUUGAUAAAAGAGCUUUUCCAACAGGCAAGUGAAGCAGAAGGAAGAUCGGUUGUGUUCAUUGAUGAAAUUGAUAGCAUCUGUCGAAAGAGAACAGCACGUGAAGAGGAACACACAAGAAGGAUAAAAACUGAGUUAUUGAAACAGAUGGAAGGGUCAGCGUCUGGAGCAGAAUCCGCACAGAUCUUUCUCAUGUGUGCCACCAAUUGCCCCUGGGAACUAGACUCAGCUUUUUUGCGUCGAUUUCAAAAACGAGUUUACAUUCCACUCCCUGAUAGGGAGGCUCGGAUUUCCCUACUUAAGCUGCACUCAUCCAAUCAAGUAAGUUUGAGCGAGAGUGACUGGCAGAUAUUUGCUGACAAGACAGAUGGAUAUUCUGGCAGUGAUAUCUCAAAUAUGGUAUUGACAGCUCUGUUUGAACCAAUCAGAGAUCUGCAGCGAGCAACGCACUGGCGGCACACUUCAGAUGGCUGCUAUAUUCCGUGUUCACAAAGUACAGAAGGAGCAUCCAAGAUGAAAUUGUCAGCUAUUGAGAGCCAUCAGAUCAAGACACGUGACGUAGGAUUACAAGACCUGAUGAAAGCUAUGAGUAGUGUGCAUAAGACGGUCACAAAAACCGAGCUUGACCGAUUCACAAACUUUACUCAACAAUUUGGAUAAAACAUGUUAUUUGGUUGAUUGUAGGACUAUUUGAUUGAUUCACAUUUUUUUUUAAAUGUAGAACUGUUACCAAUCAUUUGAAAUUCCAGUGAUAAAUGAAAAAAGUGAUGCAAACAAUCUUGAUUCGAUAUUUCUGACUUUAUUCAUUCAUUUGAGGAAUAAAUUAUGCACACA